AUGGCAACUAUACAUGCAUAUUUAAGGAAUGCUAACAAUGAUAUUGAAAAUGCAGAAGACACAGUAUUGUAUGGAUCAUCCACUAGUAAUAAGGUUAGUUUGGCAAAAAAUGACGGUCUUAACAACUGUAACAUUACAUUACUUGACAAACCAUGAAUAAAUUAAAGUGGUACGUAAGAGGCAAAUUUCAGGCAAUCAAAUGUGGCAUUCAAUUUGGGCACAUUGGUGACAUUGCCACUUCAAUGGGGUAACUUUUGGAAUAACUGUUGUUCACAGUAAUCUUUUGGUUUUAGAUUGAGAGCUGGUGGAGAGAACUACAUCACCGUCUUGAGAAGUAUUUCAAGCACCAAUUAAACAGACUUUUUGAUGAUGGACUAUAUGAUCCAGAUAACCAAACUGAUAGGUGGGGUAUAUCAAAAUACAGUGAUGGACCGGACUAUAAUCUGUAUUAGUGCAACCAUAUUAAGUACAAUUAAUUAUCAGUUACGCAUAAUAAAUAUUUCUUUGUUUCUUUUCGAAGAUACCUUUUGGCUUUUGUAUACAUACCAGUCUUACAAAAAGAACUUAAUACAUUUUGUGAAACUGUAUGGAAUUCACAUCGUGUUAGGUGUCAAAGAGAUGCCCAAUUACCAAAGGGGGUACCAAACCACCUUUACAGUUUUCCUGAACAAUAUGAGGCUAGAGACUAUGGUAAUUAUGUAUUUAGUUAACAUUUAACCCAUUUCACCCAGAAUACAUUUUUUUACCUUUCUUGGCUUCUCGUAGAUUAUUACACAGUAUAAGUUAAUUUAACAUCUUCAUGGGAUGAUGAAAAUGUAAUAUAGCACUAUCCACCAGAUACUACCAGAUAGUCAACCUCUUACCCAGGGUCUUUCCUCUUGGGGAGCAAAGACCCUGGUCACGUGAUCUGCUAAAAUCUAGCAGAUUUCUAAUUAACUAUCUUGGUUUUCUUUACGACAAUCAUACAAAAUGUAAAUUAUAAAUUAAACUAUCAAAAUAAUCCAAAUAUCAAAUGUUUAUUGACCUGAUCUUGGAUUGCUAAUUAAAAAUCUGCUAGAUUUUAGCAGAUCACGUGACCAGCGUCUACCAGGGUCUUUGCUCCCCAAGAGGAAAGACCCUGGGUACGAGGUUGCCAGAUAGUGUUUGUUUGUACCCCACAUACACUGUUUCACAGUACAGAGGAACUGUACUAAGUAUACUCUACCUUGCAGGUUUACCAGUUUCCAAGGAAGCCCUUGAUGAAGUUGCAGAAAUAUCAGGGGUACUUGAUGCUCAUGAUGACUACUUACCAGUAGAUGUCAGAGAGCAAUGUGAAGCAAUAAUCCCAGAAAUAUGUGAAGUAAAAAGUAAAAAUGCUGCUGAAACAUACUUAUUUUUAAAGGCACACUAUGUGUACUCAGAAUAG